GAUAAGAUUAAACAGCAAAUACGAAUCGAUAAAGAUCAAUUGUUGCGGGCGCAUAUAAUAAACCAGAAAGACGUAACAAAUACUCCAAGCAUACUGUCGGAGCACUGCAGCUGGUUUGACGUGAUUAACUUCUUAAUUUUUUAUUACGCAACAACCUGUUUUGUAUGAAGGCACAAUCUAGCUCGGCUUCUCUUGAUCGGUUCGGAGCGACAAAAAACCGACCCGCACAAAUGAUCCUAGUCAGUGUUAGUUUAGCUUGCGGACUGUCAGCAUCGUCGAACGUAUCUUUGAACAGCAAUCCAAGGAACAUACAAACAUGAACGCGUCCAUAUUCAGAUCAAUCUUCCGUGAAAUGCCAAAAAAAUUGAUGCAAACGCGAGGAGUACAUUUGUGUACAUCAAGAUUAGAUCACUGUCCAGCUCCUUUGACGGAGUUUACCGAUGACGAAUUAAUGAUGAAAGAAACUGUCGCUAAACUAGCAAAAGAGGAAAUUGCUCCACACGUGAAAAAAAUGGAAAAGGAGGGGAAAAUAGAUGAUUAUGUCCUGAAAACGCUUUUCGAGAACGGCUUAAUGGGUCUCGAAAUUCCAACAGAUUACGGUGGCGCAGGUUGCAAUUUUAUGAGUACUAUUUUGACCGUCGAAGAAGUUGCUAAAGUCGAUGGAGCUAUAGCGGCUCUUGUCGACAUACAUAAUACAUUGGUAAAUUCGCUCAUCAUUAAAGUUGCAUCCGAGGAUCAAAAGCAAACCUAUUUGCCUAAAUUAGCACAAAAUUACGCUGGCAGUUUUUGCUUAACGGAACCUGGAGCAGGAUCAGAUGCUUUUUCCCUUAAGACUGUAGCAAAAAAAGACGGUUCUGAUUACAUUAUCAAUGGAACGAAAAUGUGGAUCUCAAAUUCUGAUAUCGCAGGAGUUUUUUUAGUUUUUGCUAAUGCGAAUCCUUCCGCGGGUUAUCGCGGUAUCACAACUUUCUUCGUGGAUCGCGAUACGCCUGGUUUAUCAGUUGCUAAACCAGAGGAUAAAUUAGGUAUUAAAGCAUCCGGAACGUGCAUGAUUCAUUUCGACAAUGUUAGAGUACCUGAAAAAAAUAUCUUAGGCGAGUUUGGACAGGGAUAUAAAUAUGCUGCUGGAUUCUUAAACGAAGGCAGAGUUGGAAUUGGUGCACAGAUGAUCGGUAUAGCACAAGGAUGUCUAGAUGCGACUAUUCCCUAUACGUUAGAAAGAAAACAAUUUGGACAUGAUGUUUUUUCAUUCCAGUCGAUGCAACAUCAAAUAGCUCAAGUUGCAACCGAACUCGAAUGCGCUAGAUUGCUCGUUUAUAACGCGGCACGAUUGGUAGAUGCUAAAAAGGAUGUGAUGAAAGAAGCGGCUAUGGCCAAAUUAGUUGCAUCUGAAACUGCGCUACGUGUUACUGCAAAGUGCAUUGAUUUCAUGGGUGGUGUUGGAUUUACAACAGAAUUUCCACAAGAAAAAUAUUUUCGAGAUUCAAAAAUUGGCACUAUUUACGAAGGGACAAGUAAUAUGCAAUUAUCUACUAUUGCGAAAUGUAUACGUAAACAAUAUUCCUAAACGGUAAUCAGUAUAAAUUUUUUAAAAAUUAUGAUGCAUAUAAGUAUAAAUUACAUCAUGAUUGUCAUUAUUAAGAUAAAACACAUG